AUGUUGACAAAGCUUGCAACACUCCUUGCUGGCGCUGUAGCUAUCCUUGCAGCGCCAGCUACCUCGCAUCCAGAUCUAUCUCAUGAUACAUACAUCACAGACCAAGGAAUAUCGCAUACCGUCGUGACGGAUCAAUCCACCAACGCGAAGUUGGACUAUGUUCACAACAGCGGUAUCUGCGAGACGACCCCCGGUGUCAACCAGUAUAGCGGGUAUCUGGACGUUGGCGAUGGAAAUCAGAUGUUCUUCUGGUAUUUCGAAGCCCGUAACAAUCCUUCAAAAGCACCACUGGCGACUUGGUUCAACGGAGGACCUGGCUGCUCAUCCAUGAUCGGUCUCUUUCAAGAAAAUGGUCCCUGCCAAUUCUACAAUGGGUCAUCCAAGCCAAGUCUCAACAAAUAUUCGUUCAAUACAUAUGCGAAUAUGCUUUACGUGGAUCAACCUAUUGGCACUGGCUUCUCAUACAAUCCAAAGGGCUCGCCAAAUAUCACAGGUACUGCUGCUGCCGCUCCUUACGUUUGGACUUUCCUUCAAACGUUCUACAAGAACUUCCCCCAAUACGAGUCUCGUGAUUUUGGAAUCUUCACGGAGUCAUACGGCGGCCAUUACGGACCGGAAUUCGCUAGCUAUAUCGAAAGUCAGAAUGCCAGGAUUGCAAGUGGUAGCAUCAAGGGAGAUAACAUUAAUCUUGWCGCCCUGGGUAUCAACAACGGAUGGUAUGACCCCAUCAUCCAGUAUCAGGCCUACAUCGAUUACGCAUACAACAACUCCUACAGGCAGCUCAUCAACGCUACCCAGCGUGACACUAUCAACGCCGACAUGAAGAAUCGCUGCAAACCUGCCUUGGAGAAAUGUACUUCCCUAACAAGCACCUCUCAGACUAACGAUUGUGUCAACUCAGAGAGCACUUGUGUGAUWUACGUCGAGAACGAGAUCCUGUAUUCAGGCGACUAUGACUACUAUGACGUGAGAGAGCCCAGUAAUGACCCUUACCCGCCACAGCAAUUCUCCACCUACCUUAACCAAACCUCCAUCAGAAACAAAAUCGGAGCAAAAGUCCCCUUCUCGUCAUGCGGGGGCAUAAUCAACGAUGUCAGCAGCAAUUUCGAGACUUUUGGUGAUGAUAGCCGAAGUACACUGAGCACUUUGCUCGGAGACGUCAAAUCAGGAAUUCAAGUGUUGAUGUGGGCAGGAGAUGCAGACUUUCUCUGCAACUACAUGGGAAACUAUAAUGUUGCUCAGGCAGUUGGUCCGCCGGGAUUCAAGGGGAAAGCUCUGUCGAAUUACACCGUCAAUGGGAAAGCCGCAGGUCUUUUCAAGACAAAGGGCAACUUCUCUUGGUUGCAGGUGUUUGGUGCUGGGCACGAGGUUCCGUAUUAUACCCCUGAAGUCGCUUUGCAGGUUUUCAGGCAGACUAUGAGUAGGAAGGCGAUUACUGGUACUUGA